AAAGCCCCAGUUAUCAGUGGGUAAUGUAGCCUCGCAGUUUAUUUACUGCGUUAGGCAGGUUAACACUGCUAUGGGAGUGUGUAUUUACAGCAAUUAUGUUGUAACGACCCUGGGUUGAAUGUAUUACCUGAAGGUGUAUGUUCAUUGUAUGCAUUUAUUUCCAAAUGGCAGUUGUUGAUAAGACCACCAAAGGUGAGGCUAACAGCCUACCUCGCGCGGUUGUCUCCUAGCACGUAGGCCCUGCGGUUUUGCGCAGACGCAAUUGCUUCCCUUUUCGAUGUCCCUCUGACUCGGUUCCUUAGCAUACGACACCGUUAGCCACUAAUUCUCACCGGUCGGCAAGAUGUUCAGACCUGUUGUUCGACUUUCAACCUCUGGGGUACGGAGUUUAACGCGGACACGACCAUGCUACUCGGCUCCUUUGGCCUCCCGAUGCUACUCCCAUGCCAAGGUGGAGACAGAUGAGGAGUUUGAUGCCCGUUGGGUCACUUAUUUCAGCAAGCCAGACAUUGAUGCCUGGGAGCUGAAGAAAGGCAUGAACACACUAAUUGGCUAUGACCUGGUACCUGAACCCAAAAUCCUCGACUCAGCUCUUCGUGCUUGCCGAAGGUUGAAUGACUUGGCCAGUGCUAUCCGCAUCCUCGAGGCAGUCAAGGACAAAUCUGGUCCCCACAAAGAUAUCUACCCAUACCUGAUUCAAGAACUGCAGCCCACUCUGAUUGAGCUGGGUAUCUCCACACCUGAGGAUCUGGGCAUGGACAUAUUAUAGACAUCCUCUGGGUCAUCUGGUGUCCAACAAGAUGAACCACUUCUCUUCAAGUCUCUGCCUUGUCCUGGUGUCUGUUGAUUUAAUCCACACUCUCCUGUUGUGAAUAAAAUUAUGAAUUUAAUAAAGAAAUAUCUAUUGAU